UCAGAGCUAUGACCUUGAGAGUGAGUGGCUUCCUGUACAGCCUCAGGUCAGCCGACGCGCUCUCACACACACACGUGACCAGAGGUCCCUUCACCUGUGUUCUGCUCAGCUCCACUGGGAUCCGCCAAGACAGGAAGAGCUGGCAGAUCCACCCUCCGAGCCAGUAGGUGGCGGUAAUGCGCCUCUGAGUGUGUUGUCAGCCGCCAGUCCGAGCCUCCAUCACGGGAUGUUUUCCUGUGACGUCACCGCGACCGUCGUCUGUCUCGCUGCAGGAGUUGUAAUGUUCGUUUAUUUGCGAUAAGAAAGCCAUUUCCCCCACCGCACGUGCUCUGCUGGCUUCGGUGUGGUUCCCGCGCGUGUCACGGGGUCAGCGGCGGCUCGCAGCGGCGGCCCGCUCCGCUCGGAGGACGCAGCUAUCGAGGGAUGUCGCGCACGCGCUCCGGAUCUCCACGGAGUCACCGCUGGGAAGAGGAUCCCCAGAUGGACCGGGGCCUGCGUCCCAGGAGAGGUCCUGAAGGCUUCGGCCACUUCCAGAGAAGAUCUCCGUCUCAUCCUCAUGAUCGCCGUGAGUAUGGAGGCCAGCCUCACUCACCCCAGGAGGAGUUUUCCCACCGGAGGCCGUCGCCGCGGCGACACUACAAGGACAGAGGGUUGUGGUCCCACCCGGGCGGAGGCUUUGAGGGGAAGCGACUCCCAAGUUUUCCCGGCAGAAGCAGGUCGCCUCGCUCUCCUCUCAGGGUGCAGAGAGAGCGCCUGCCUGCAGAAGCUCAGCGCAGGACCGAGGGAGCGUCCUGCUGGAGGGGGGAGGACCCGGGGAGAGGACGCGGGGAGUUCUGCCCUCGGGACGGGAACAAAGACCACAGGUUCUCCUCGGCAGAGCGUUUCAGUGGAGACGGAGGAAGAGCCCAGCCCCACCACCAAGGCCAGCAGAGAGAGUGGGACGACCACAGUCACCGCGGGUUCAGGCAUGAGGAACAGGCUAUAGGCUCUGACACCUGUGGUCCACACCCUCACGGUCGCCCCUCACAAGGAGGCUUCCGUCACUCGGGCCCGCUGAUCAUUGACCACGGUCACGGUGUCUGUGAGGGCCGAGGACCUCACGGAGGCCGCGAGCCACAUGCGCAGCCCCGCGGCAGCAGCUCCUCACAGGAGGGUCCGAGAGGAAGCCCGGCCCGGUGGGAUGCAGAGAGGAGCUCCCAGGAUGGGUUCCACAGGAGGAAAGAUCCCGCCUGGGAUGGGAUGGCCCACCACGCUCGCCACCACUGGCCCCCUCUGGGGAGCAGGCCCAGUCAGCGCAGGACGGACUGGCAGCACAAGAACCCGCCUCCCGCUCAGCAGCGGCAAAGACCCGGAUCCCAGUCUCACCCAGCUGAGUCCCGUGGACCUGAGGAAGAGGAGCACCUACGUGACCCCAGGAGAUCCAGACCGGAGAGUCUGGAGCGGGACCGGACCCGGGAGGACCUGGACCCCAGAAUGCCUCGUCUGUGGCUGCAGAACCUUCCGAAUGUGAAUAACCCACCCACUGAGGAUGAGGAGACCCUGACCAUCAAGGUGGACACCAGUCGACCCGUCACGCUAGAAAGCUCGGCCCGCUUCUCCGCCGACCGCCAGCUCUCCCAGGACCUGGUCAACGUGGGCCGCCAGCGCCUGGACUUCCUGCCCCUGCUGCAGCACUCGGGCACCUUCAGGGAGACCUCCGUGCACGUGGGGACCUUUGCCGAGGAGAUCAUCUCACUGGUGCACCACGUCAAAGAAGUCUACUUCAGAGGUGACGCCAUCACUCUCAACCAGAGGUUCUCGGCGCCCCGGCAUGAGAGCGUGCCGGAGGAAGAGAAGGAGGAGCUGACUCUCAACCAGAGGUUCAGCACCACCAACCGCGCCUUCCACCUGGACCUGGACCUGGACCUGGACCUGGACCUGGACGAGGACCCGCCGUUCUUGGAGCCGCCGGAGCUCCUGCAGAAGCCGCAGCGAGGACCUGGUGACCUUCGGCACAACCUGGAGAGGAGGAGGCAGGAGAGGCUGGAGGGGGUGAAGGUCACCAUCGCAGGAAGCAGCUCGGCCCCGCAGCCUCUGCUGUCCAGUCUGUCCGGGUGGAUCUCCACCUUCAGGAACCAGGACUCGCUGACGGAGGAGGACUCCAGACCCAAGAGCAGCACGGCUCAUCGUGGAGGAUUCUUCCGGCCCAAUGGCCCCGGGAGGAACUACCGCAAAGGUUUUUGUCCCAAACGGCAGAACCACCACGGCGGCCCUGCAGGUGCGUGGGGCGCGGAGGCUGGUCACAUGACCAGUGCGACGGCGGGGUUACACAGAGGACACGCCCGUUGCUCAGCAGGUUCAGAACUGGUCGGUCAUGUGACCUCUUGCUCGGUGAUGUCACGGAAUCCGCCGUGACUCAUUUAGCCCGACCGGUUCUGGAGCGCCUUGUUGUGUAACCUGCUUAUGUCAUCUCUGACCUUUGACCCCUGCGCUCUAAUCCUUACCUGAGCUGCCAAUCCUGUUACCUGUCUCUGCAGGUCCCGGCCGGUGACGUCCGGAGGAGCCGUCAUCGAGCCUCCGGAAUAAAGCUGCUCUCACUCUGA